CUUCUUUCUGAUAAAUCCUGAAAAAUCGCAAGAUUCGACUGAGAGAUACCAAAACAAGGUUAAAACAAAGUCUCAAAAUUAUUAUUUUAAUUUAAAAUUCAAGUUAGUCGAAUUGACCAUGACCGCUUCCAUUCUUCGCACAGGCCAUGGCAGCAUGUGGUGCGGUGGGUCGGGUCGGAACAGUCGGAACUAGGAACAAAACAGCCGGCAGAAAGGGCCGCCGCCGCUGCCUGCUCGUUUUGCCUGCCUUGCCAUCGUCCUCUUCGUAUUCUAUCGUUUGGGUUUCGUUCGGAUCCGACAACGUGCAGCUGCCUUCCAACCGAAGCCGGUUGGUUCGUUUCUGUUAUUCCUUUUCCAGUCAGUCUUCUAUAGGAUAUCGUAAGGUGUAUGCGUGUUAUUGUACCUUUUGCACCGCGUCCAUCAUUAGAAAAACGACCGUUGAAUUUUGAAAGUUGUUGGUAGAUUAGUGUGACUCUAAAAAAACGCACGCGAAAAUGUUGUUCGAAAAUCCGCCAACCGUCGGGGCGAAAAUGUUCCCGUACGCCAUUCCUCCACCGGUUUUACCACCCCAAUUACCGCAAAUGGUUGGUACCACCAUGGGCGAAGCAAAUGUUUUGCUGGAAACUCAUCACGAGCUUCCAUUCAACGGGUCUCACUCAGGCUCCAGUGGCAGGAGCACACCCAAUGGACAAAAUGGCGGUACAGGUGAACCGGCACCCGGAAAACUAUUUGUUGGUGGUCUCAGUUGGCAAACUUCCAGCGAAAAAUUGAAGGAAUAUUUUGGAGUAUUUGGAAAUGUUACAGACGUUUUGAUUAUGAAAGAUCCAGUCACUCAGAGAAGUCGCGGUUUUGGAUUCAUAACCUUCUCAGAACCAUCAAGCGUAGACAAAGUGCUCAAAGUUCCCAUUCAUACUUUGGAUGGUAAAAAAAUUGAUCCCAAACAUGCCACGCCCAAAAACCGACCAAAACAGCCCAACAAGACCAAAAAAAUAUUCGUUGGGGGCGUCAGCCAGGACACGUCUGCCGAUGAAGUUAAAGCCUAUUUCAAUCAGUUUGGAAAGGUUGAAGAAGCAGUAAUGUUGAUGGAUCAACAAACCAAGAGACAUAGAGGAUUUGGAUUUGUAACGUUCGAAAAUGAGGAUGUGGUUGACAGGGUUUGUGAAAUUCAUUUUCAUACAAUUAAAAACAAGAAGGUUGAAUGUAAGAAGGCUCAACCCAAGGAAUCAGUACAAACCAGUGCACAAUUGCUUGGAAAAAGACUAAUGCUUGGUCAAUUACGAUUACCGGCACCACAAGUUGGGGCAGUGGUCAAUCCUCUAGCAGCUGUGCAACCUUCCCUUGCUCACGUUCAAGCUGCCGCUGCUGCUGCUGCAGCUGCUCAAGCUCAGAAUGCAGCUGUAGCUGGAUAUGGUAAACUAUUGUAUCCACAUCUUGCCAGUUACAGAUAUUCGCCAUAUGGAAUCCCCACAGUCACUGCCGGAUUAGGUGCUGCAGCUACUAACCCUGCCACUGGAGCUGGACCUCAAUCAGGGAAUCCAGGACAAGGAGGUCCACCUCAAAUGGCUGGCGCACAGCAAGUGGCCCCCAGCCCUUACCAAGGAUACAACUUGACCAACGUAGACAUGUCCAGUUUCCAGGGAGUAGAUUGGGGUGCGAUGUAUGGGGUUGGCAUGUAUGUUUAAGCAUUUGGAACCUCUUGCUUGUGCCGAUUUUUCUCACCUCAAAGCUUUUUUUGAAAAAUGAAAAAAAGACAUGCCUUCUUUUACAGAGAGGUUGUGUGUAUUUAUGUUUUAAGUGUUCCUACAAUGAAUUUGGUAUUUAUUAAUUGGAACAUUCUGUAAUGCGUGCAUGACCUUAAAUUGUUAAUGAUGGCGUACUGUGCCUACUCUUAAAAGUUUUAAGAUUUUUUAGGUUGUUAGUCAACCAUUAAUUAGUUAGUUUUAAGGCUAUUGAAAAACGAGAAAUCUCAUUUGCCGUAAUGCAGGGAUGGGCAGUAAAUAAAAAAUGAUUCUUGAUAAAUGUCUGCUCAUCUACCAUUAAGCAAAGACUCGCAAUAAUCAGUAUUACUUUUCAAAUAAUGCUACGAUUCUGUUCAAGUGAAAAAUAAUAUUCCUUUGACAUGGCAAUAAGAAUAAUUCACUCGAUUUUUUUUCGACAUAAGGUUGUGUCUUUUUCGUACUUAAAUUUGUUAUUAAGUACAUACUAAUUUUGAAAUGCUUUAAAUUAAUGACUGAAGCAUGGCAGUAACUUAAAUGAUAUUAACUUAUUAUUUUGGUUUAAAAAAAAAAAUAGAUCUCAUUAUUUUGAUUUUUUUUUUAGUUACUAGAUAUUAUGAACCUUUAUUUACAUAAAUUCUAACAAAUCAACUGUCAUUUUUAGGCAAAGUAAAAUUUGAUGUUGUUGUUACAUACUUAAUUAAUAAUAAUAUCUGGACGUAUCAAAAAUAUAUUAUAGGAUAUACAUUUAUUGAAUAUUGUGUAUAAUAUAUUUAAACAAAGAAUCUGUUUAUAUUGCCAAGUGUGUUUGAACAAUAAAAUUACUGAUCUUAAUUAUUAGUAUUUACUCUAAAAGAGAACCAAAUAAAUCUUAGAUAAACAAUGAGCAAUAUGACAUAUUAGUUUUUUUGAAACUUUUAACGAUUAAGAUCAGUACAAAAUAUCAAUUUUGUUUUAAAUUCUAGUGAUAAGACGGUUUUUUUUUGUAGAGUUUUGGUUUUUAUCUGACACUACUAUUUUUUCUUCAAUUUUAAACACUCAAUCAGAAACAGUCAAUUUUAAUGGCUUUAUGUAGAUCGGUGUCAAAGUUUUAUUAAAGUUGUUGCCUUUCAGAUGGGAAAUAAUUGUGAAGUUGAAUUUCAUUAACAAAUCUCAUAUUUCCAUUCAAAUUGCAACACUACCGUAUGUCAAUCAUUAACUUUCCUAUUCGAAACUCAAUAACAUUAUUUUAAAAUUAAAACAAUAUUACUUAAGUAUUGAUAUAAAUAUUGAUAUUUUCUACUCCUAGUAACAUAAGGGCAUAUAAAAAAGCGACUUUUGUAAGAUAUUUUAAGAGCAGCUAAAUGCAUUCCAUAAAAGACAUUUAAGUAUUAAAAGAAAACAUCACUGUGUUAGUGUUUUUGUAAAUAAAGUGUUAAGUACUGAUUAAAAAUAGUGGUUAAGCUUGCUAAGCGUUGCUGUUAGUACUAGACUGAACUACCCAAUAAUAAUUAUUACGUACCCCCUAUAUUGUAUAAUUCUGGCAGCUCUGUCAAUAAUACUUUCCACAAGUUUGCCAACAGCUUGCCAACCCCUCAAACUUAUUAUUCACGACAGGAAAUUGUGGCCUGCAAACAUUCCAGUUCUUUUUCCUGUUUGCAACGCGAUGUGCUCAAUCCUAAAUUUUGAAGCAAAUUAAAAAAAAGCUGAUAUUUUCAAUUUCUUAAGUAUUAUUAGGGUUAAAAAUUCUCAGUGAUUUUUUUUUUUUGAGCGUAUUACGUUUUUCAUAUACAUAUUUGUGAUUUGCGGACCAAUGUGUCGCUGGCUACAACUUUUUCAGUUGUGGUGUAUAGAAACUAAGAGCAAUUUUGGGAGCUAAAAAUAUGUCAAUGUUGUUCCAAAAGGAAAAGAACGCUACAUAGGGUUUUUUGUUACAUUUUUCUUCCAACCCUUGCAUUGCUCCUAGAUUCUUUUUCAAUUCUAAGGGUAAACUUGUUCUUUAAUAAUAAAUAGGUAGUUGUUAAGUAUUAAAUAUAGAUUGGUAAGGGAUGGACUUCAGCCUUGUGAUAGUUAUUAGGCGAUAUUGUCUAUGUCUCACCCUUUUGAAAAAAAAAAGCAAAAAUAUCCUUUAGAAAUGUUUUAAUUAAAUUUAUAUUUUUGGUCUGAUGGCUAUAAUGAUUCAAAGAUUUCGAAUGGAAGGAGAUAAUAUGUAUACAUAAUCCCAGGCAAACUCUGAUAUAACUGGCUCUUCAUUUUUAUAGGUAUAUCCUCUUUUAUCAUUGUACUUUUUUUUAAUUUCAGUAAUCGAAUAUGGAAAACACAAAAAAGCAUACUGUAAAAAAUUACUUUUAUUAAUAAUUUAUUUUUCGACUGGAUAGGACUUUUUGUAAGUCGAAAUGAGCAAUGUAUUGAAUCAUGUCACUUAUUUGCUUUCCUGGCUCUUUAUUAAUUUGACUGAUUUUAAUUUAUAGUCUGUUACUAUAAUCAUUAGGAAGUAAUAAAGUCACAUUAUUCUGAGAUAGAUAACAUACAAUAAUUAGGCGGUCCUUUGAGAAAGAUCAGUAUUUUAAUUAGUUUCUUAUAUCAGAGUGUUUCCAAUAUGCAAUGUUCAAUGUUGAGGAAUACAUUAUCAUAUGCCAGGUCAUUAAUUUUUAUUUGUUACUUUGCAGUUUGAAUACAAUUCUCAUUUUCAUAGUCCUACUUUUUAUCAAGAUCUAACCUAUUGUUAAAUGUUAUCCUAAAUCUAAAUGUGUCCUGUUUUGUUUCUAGGAUUCUUCUACAAUAAAAUAUUAACAUUCCAAUUACAUUUUUGUGGAUAAUUUUGCUUUUCUAUACUAUCGCCAUCUUGCUUUUCAUCCACUCUACUUUAUUUGAAUUUUGUGUGUUCUUGUCUUUUAAAGCAUCGACUUUUGCUCAACACAAAUUAGGCAUUUCAUAAUAUUUAUUAUGCCUAGUCUUUUCUGGUUUUUUUGGCCACCCAGAACAGUGCUUAAACAUACUUUUAAAAAAAAUAUGUUGGACAACGAAAAACACAAAAAAACCUAUUAUAAUACUCCUUAUAGUGAUAGUAAUCUGUCACUAAAUAGUUAUUAUGUAUUUCUCUUCAUACUUAAGAACUACGGUCACAUUGUGCCAAAUAUUUAUUAUUAUGUAUUAUCUAGAUUUUAGUGAUUAUUUUUUGCCAUUUUUGGAUGAAAUUUAAGAUGGCCAUAUUUAAUAUAUGAAAACAUGUUUGGUCAUUGUAAGCUGUAUACAUAUUUUUGAGAAGCAAUAAGUGUUGUGAAAGCAGAAUGAACCCUCUAUUUUUGUAUCAAUUAGGUAUGUUAUUAAUUAAAAAUAAAAACAGUUGUAAAUACAUAUUUCCUGAAAGAGAGGGUCACAAAAACAUUUUUGAUGGUAUCCUAUUAGGUAUUCUUAACAAAGAAAAAAACGUAAUGACUAACUUGUUACUUAUUGCCUUUUUAAGCAAAUAACCACUGGGGUAUAGAUGAACAAUAAUUAGUUCAAUCCAACCCAAUUGGUGAUUUACUUCUAAAGAACCUUAGUUUAGACUUUAAUAUUUAGACGUUUGGCAUAAAAUUAUCUUAAAAUAUUAUUGUAGGUUUACGAGUAUUGUGUAAGUUUUCAUAGUUACUAGAGAUUUAGUGUAGUCUGUAUUUCCAUGUGUAGUGUAGUGUGGCCUUCUAAGGCCACGAAUGCACUUGUAGUUGAGCAGUUUAAAAUAAAGUAGUUUCAUAAAGUAGUACUUCUGCUUGUUCAACCCCUAUUAAUAUGCUUUUUUACAGAUUUUUUUGUCUAACUUAGUCAUAUUUUUUUUAACCAACAUCGACACCUCUGUCUUGGGAUCAUCUUGGUUGUGUUUUGUUUGAAGAAUUUAAUACACACUCUGUAUCUUAUUUGUUCACUAAUUUUUUAUGUGUUUCUCUAAAUGGUAAGUAUUUUUACUAACCCUUUUGUUAUGCAAAGAAUAACAAAUAACAUUUUGUAGAUAAAAGUGUAUUUUUGGCCGAAAAUUACAGUGGCUCAAAGUGAUCAAACAACGAUUAGAGUUUAUGUUGUAGUUGGGAAGCUAAAUUGUUGUUUUUGGUUUUAGGUUUUUUUUUUUUUGUGUACAGGUCAAUUAACACUUAGAAGAUCAAAAUUGUUUAUAACUUCCCUUUUUUGUACUACUGGUAUAUGGGUAGGGUGGAAAACAGUGCCUUAAUAUCUACCACACUACCAAACAAUCAACCAAAAAGCUUUUAUAAUUAAAAUUUAAAGACAACCAACAGAAAUUGCUCUAAAUAAUAUUGCAGAAAUUAGGGUAGACAUUGUAGUCUCUCAGGUUCUAUAAGGUACAGGCCCCUAGAAUAUUUUUCACUGGUUCUGCAAGCCUGCAGAUUUUUUUUGUUGCAUAGGAAAUCAAGAAUGAUGCAUGUAACUUUGACUUAAUCUGUCAAAAGGGAAUUAGUAGAAAAGCCCAGUAACUUUUGUUUCAGGGACCAGAACAAAAAUUUGUCUCAGAAAAUUAUUCAUCAAUCAUGAUAUUUUUUAAUCCGAUUGAAUUGAAAUUAUCGUUUUUGAGAUUUUCAUCCAAGUUAGAAAAAAAUGUCAAACUUCAAAAUAUGUAGUUGUAGGCAAAUAUUUAAAAAACCUGAACGAUUUUUCCAUCUAAAAAAGGAGAUGGAAACUUGUUUCCUUUCAAAAUUUAUAAUGGAUUUCCAUGAAGCAUCAGCUAUCAAUCUCUCUCAAAUUUGGUUAAUUUUCAAUAGAAAUUUCAUUGUUAGGUAUUUCACUUUUUUUUUUAAACAAACACCAGUCCAAUAGGAAGCCUUAAUAAAGUAGAAAAAUAUUCAAGGGGUCCAUACUUGCAAAACCAUAGACUUAGUUGGAUACUCGUUGGUUUAUCAGUGUAUGAGAAACAAGUGCCAGGAAAGACAUCUCGUUCAAAUGGAGGUUAGUGUUUAGUUUUCCUUUUUGGUCUUAUACACUUUUUCAUAUUGUACUAUAGCGGCUUUUAUAAGGUACUAAGCUUUGUCUGUAGUUAAAACGUGUGAAUAACUUAAUGUUUGUAUAUAAUUUAUCAACAUCGGCUAAAUAAGAGAAAAAUUUUGAAUAUUGACAACUUUUGAUUAAUUGAAAUUAAAGGAUCUCGGAAAAUUUGAUUAUGAAUUUGAAAUUGACUGCAAAUUUGACAAUGGAUAAUCGAUCAUAUAAGAUGGAUGAGGAAUAGUGACUGUGCUGCAGAGAUCCAAAGGAAGAACUUCCUUUAUAUGGUUUUUACAAGUACUUAAACUAAAGUUUCAACACAAUCUUGUAAUUAUUACCAACUUACCAAAUCUGCAAAAGAAUAUAUACUUCAUAUCUACAAUGUGAUUUUUCCAAAUUUUUGACAAUACCAAAGUUAACUAACUAUGCACCCUGAUUUUCCUAGCCCGUGCCUUAGAAGUUUUUCUAGUUGACAGGUGGAUUAGUAUUAUUAUCUAAUCCACCUGCCAGCUAAUGCACGGGUCAGGUAAAUCACCCUGUAUACCUAUUAUAAAAGGCUUGUGUACUUACAUAUUUUAUAACCAUUAAUAUUUUUAGUCAAAUUAGAUUAUUUGUAUUUUGGCCUGCAAAAUAUGUGUUCGUGCUGUAGAAAAUCUUAGAAAAUACAUUUAUUAGAAAACUAGACUAAUAUUUAGACACCCGACAUAAAACUUAAUAACACAUAUUAUAUUAUUAUAAUGUGAAGAGAAAGAAAACCCCUCUAAAAAAGAAAAAUAAUUUUUAUAGACUUUAAUAAUGCCUUGUCUUCCUCACAUAAUACUCACCUCAUUAUAAAGAAGGUGAUAAAAAUACAAAUUGAUAACUUUGGAAUUAAAAAAAAAAAACGUAUAUUUAGGCAAUCAUAUCAUAAAAGAUCUUAUUUAGUUCUUAGCGAAAAAACUGUGAUCCCUAUUCAAAAAUUCAUACAUUCCAUUUUCAGGAUUGUAUGAUGAACGUUUAGCAAGAAAAAAGACCAAUCUUAAUGAUUCUUAAGCAAACAAACGAAAAUGUUUUUCAAUAUCUACGGGAAUAAUUCAUUCUGUUACCUUGUAAAGUUAUUUAUUUAAUUUAUUUGUAUAUAUUAAUAUACAUGAGUUAGAGUUAAAGUGAUAUAAUAAUGGCUAUAAUAUAAUAAUAAUGUUUGUGAUGUACAAAUAUACUGUACCUAUUAAUAAGCUAGUAG